AUGUUUCUUCGGCCUGGUUUAAAAUCAAGCGCUCUAUUACGCUUUAAAUCUUUUUAUCCUUUACGUUCAAAACAUGUUAUUGGCAUUCGUCGUGAAGAUCAAUCCCCAUGGGA